UGAUUUUCCGGCCUCCGUAAACGCGUUCCGCGAAAUCGCUUUGAACGGUGGAAAACUCUUAACAUAUUCGUCUUUUCUGUACGCAAUAAGAACAAAUUCUGCACUCUUGCCGCCGUUCCCGUUGGACAAAGCCCCCGGAAAGUACUAGAGGCUUGGAGAAAGUCAACCAACCGCACUGCAGAAAGAUCCACAAAACCACGAGGCUGAAAGCACGAAAAAGGAUUCGAAAUCCUUUUGCAACGCUGUGGCAACCAAUCCGGCAGCCGACUCACAAACGCGCUCGAAGGGAGCACAGAAAUCUGCGGCCGUGAACCGGCCGUCUCUAAAGGAAACCAGCAAGCUGGUUUUAGAUUUCAGCAAACUCGUCACCAAUUCUCGCAAUCAUGAACGGAUACGGGAAAGAACAUGAUCCCGAAGAAAGUAUCGACAACUCUCCGGAGUUCUACGAUCCCGUUGCCAUUUUUCUGUCCAGCGUAAACUACAGCACGGAGAACCUGACCGACGAGCUAAAGAAAUGCUCGGUAACGUACGAUCAGCUCAGCGGCCUGGUGGAAGAGGAUUUGCGGCUGAUGGGGAUGAAAAGCGAUUUGGCGAUCAAGGAGAUUCUUUCCGAGUUGUCACAACUUUCGAAGCAACGGCGGAUGUAUGACAGAGUUCUAGGAACAGAGUUUCAACCUGUUGAGUAUACAAAAACCGUCGAUCGAAAUACAGUCGAGCAUCUGGAAAACAUCAAAAUGUUGAUCAGACUGACGCAGCUUAAGCUGAAACGCACUGUUCCCGAAAACGUGUUGCUAGACAACCACGUAUACGCUUCGGAAAUUUCUCUUGAGCUUUGUGCUAAAAUCCUCAAUCGGCUCGGUGAUAUACAGGCCAUACUAGGUCCAGACCAGCCGUCCGCCGAGAGCAAGCUAAAAUCGUGGAUACGGCAGGCUACCCUACCGGUGAUGCUUCUGUCCGGUGUCCUGCUGGUGUCGCUUUAUUGGAAACGACACGUAUAACUGAAUUGAAAUGGAAGCUCAUUUUCAUUAAGGAAACCAAUAAAAAGGUAAAUUUCUUUAUAAAACACUA